GAAUGAUCCUGUUUUGCGAAUACCAUUCUUACAAAUUCCUCUCGUUGGACAGUAACCAUUGAAUUCAUCGUAUAAGUCAAAUAUUUCGGCCAGACCAUGGCUACCACAUUUGAUUCAUCUCAGGCUUUGGCCGGCCUUCCGCCGCCACACGUCCUCGAAGAGGGCGGGUACACGCCAACGAUUGAGGACGCCCUGGUCAAGGAAGAAGCCUUGGAGGUUAUCAAACGAACAUUUGAAGGCAACCUCAAGGCUAACGUUAACCUUGUCCGGGUUUCCAACCCCAUGUUUGUCACCAAACGCUCUGGUUUUAACGACAAUCUCAACGGUACCGAGCGUCCUGCAACAUUUGCUCCACGAGAUUUCCAAGAUAUCAAGUUGGAAGUGCCAUUCUCACUGGCGAAGUGGAAGCGCUGGGCCCUGCAUUAUUACAACAUCCCCUCGGGCAAAGGCGUUGUUACUGAUUUCCGCGGCCUACGUUGUGACGACGACGUGGAUUUUACCCACUCACUUUACGUGGACCAGUUUGACUGGGAAAAACGCAUUGACGAAAGCGAUCGCAAUGUCACGUACCUCGUAGAAACGGUUAAACAAAUUUACAAGGCUGUCUACGACACGGAACAGGUGGUUGCGGAAAAGUACGGUGUCAAGGCGAUUCUCCCCAAGGACAUUGUGUUCGCCAAUACCGACGACAUGAUUAAGAAGUAUCCCGAUGUUUCGCCCAAGGAACGUGAAAAUUUGCUCUGCAAAGAGCACGGUGCCGUCUUUCUCAUCGGCAUCGGUGGCGCGAAGGAGGACGGAACGCUGCGUCACGACGGACGCGCUCCAGACUACGACGACUGGACUACCCAACGCGAGGAUGGUGGAUUUGGUCUCAACGGGGACUUGCUCGUCUGGAAUCCCAUCCUUGAAAUGAGUUUUGAAUUGAGCAGUAUGGGUAUCCGUGUUAAUCCGGAAAUCAUGGAGAAACAACUCUAUCUCUGUGGUGUACCAGAACGCAAGGAAUAUGUUUGGCACCGUAUGUUAUUGGACGGAACCUUGCCGCAGUCGAUUGGUGGAGGUGUCGGACAAUCGCGUUUGUGUCAAUUUAUGCUUCGGUGUGCUCACAUUGGCGAAGUCCAGCACGGAUGGUAUGACCCGGACGAAGUCGUGGUUCUGCGAGAAAAGGGCAUUAAACUGCUCGGACUCGGCGAGUUUGACGAAGAUCCCAUGGCGAAUUCAUUGCAUAAGGCCAAGAAUGCCAUUUAGUAAUGGAGAAAGGUAGCGAAAAGGAAAGAUUGUGGAUCGGGAGUGGUCUCUUGUUUGUCGGGAGCGUACAUGGGAGAGCCGAUUCUACAACGUUUUGUAUCCGACGACAGAGAAAGAUCAAUGAUGAUGAGUGAAUAUUACGUGUUAUCUGUCGUGGUCUCGAAAGAUUGAAUAUGCAUGGAGAAAGAAGGGCAAUAAAUUUAUCAAUAAGCCGUCUACUUUUGGAAU